GUGAGCGCAGAGAGAGGCGACGGGAGCCGCAUCCGGAGUGACUCCUGAGGUGACAGACGGCCUGAACGCGGGGAGACAGAUAAUAAGACAUCCCUGUACGUGCGUGCGGGCGUGCGUGUGUCUCCUCCAUCCUCCUCUCAGAGAGCAGCAGCAGUAGCAGUGUGUCCCAAACUUUGACAUCUCCGGCGGGCUGCAGCUGGAGUUGUGCUCCGCCGCGGACAUGGAGCCUCGGAAGCGCUCCGGAUGUGUUUUGGUCGGAGUUUACCUGUGGGCGACAUUGUGCUGUCAAGGCUGCUUUGGCGGCGUGCACCAGAGGAAGCUGUACCACGACCUGAUGGUCAACUACAACCGUCUGGAGAGGCCGGUCCACAACGACUCUGCUCCCAUCGUGGUGGAUCUGGGCCUCACGUUGCUCCAGAUUAUCGACGUGGAUGAAAAGAACCAAGUGUUGAUCACGAACGCCUGGCUGCAGCUGUAUUGGACGGAUAUCUACCUGUCGUGGAAUCCAGAGAGCUACCCCGGCGUCCAGAACCUGCGCUUCCCCUCCAACCUGGUCUGGGUCCCAGAUAUCCUGCUCUACAACAGCGCGGAUGAGAGGUUUGAUGCCACGUUUCAUACGAACGUGCUGGUGAAUGCGUCGGGAGCCUGCCAGUACAUCCCACCUGGAAUCCUGAAAAGUACCUGCUACAUCGAUGUGCGGUGGUUCCCGUUCGACGUGCAGAAGUGCGACCUUAAGUUUGGCUCCUGGACACAUAACGGCUGGCUCCUGGACCUCCAGAUGAUGGAUGUGGACAUCUCCACCUACAUCCCCAACGGGGAGUGGGACCUCGUGGGUGUGCCGUCAAAGCGUAACGAGCUGUACUACGAGUGCUGCAAAGAGCCGUACCCCGACGUCACGUUCACGGUCACCAUGCGGCGCAGGACUCUGUACUACGGCCUCAACCUGCUCAUCCCCUGCGUGCUCAUCUCCGGCCUGGCCCUGCUGGUCUUCCUGCUCCCGGCCGACUCCGGAGAAAAGAUCUCACUGGGCAUCACGGUGCUGCUGUCGUUAACGGUGUUCAUGCUGCUGGUCGCGGAGAUCAUGCCUGCCACUUCUGACUCCGUGCCUCUCAUCGCUCAGUACUUUGCCAGCACCAUGAUGAUAGUGGGCCUAUCUGUGGUGGUGACCGUUCUGGUUCUGCAGUUCCACCACCACGACCCUCAUGGAGGGAAGAUGCCAAAAUGGGUGCGGGUCAUUCUGCUGAACUGGUGUGCCUGGUUCCUCCGGAUGAAGAAGCCUGGAGAGGAGAGUAAGACUGCGGUGAGCCUGAGCGGCCCUCCAACCUACAAGUACUCCCACUCUCCUCCUCACCACACCAGCACCACCAGCAUCCCCAUGAGCACCAUCCCCGGACAGGCCUCCACCCAGUCCACCACCACCACCAACGGGAGCAUGAACCUGUACUUCGGCUACCACUCGAUGGGCACGGACAACCCCGCCUUCCCGCCCAGCACCGAUGCAGGAGGAGGCGGUAGCGGCGGCGGCGGCGGCCACCAUAACGGCCCCGCGCAGCACGACAUCCACCUGGAUCAGACGCGGACUCUGCUGUUGGAGCACGUGCCGGAGAUUUCCCGCAUCCUGGAGGAGGUGCAGUACAUUGCCAGGCGCUUCCGGGAGCAGGACGAGGGCGAGGCCAUCUGCAGCGAGUGGAAGUUCGCCGCGGCGGUGGUGGACCGGCUAUGUCUGGUGGCCUUCUCGCUCUUCUCCAUCAUCUGCACCUUCACCAUCCUCAUGUCGGCCCCCAACUUCAUCGAGGCGGUGUCCAAAGACUUCACAUAAAGGAUCUUUUCCCUCUCUGAGGAGCAAAGC